CAACCGAUUCGAUCGAAUGUUUAUCCAUUUUUUUUCGAUUCGAUCCAAAAAAACGUGUCCAUCAAAUUAACCGCGGAAUUGAAUCAUCAAUCCGAUCAACAAUGUCCACCGAUAAUAAUAAUGAUGAUAAUGAAAAAAUUCUUAAAAUUGAAAGAAAAUUUCUUUGCCGUAGUCGACAGAUACGAAAAUUAUUGCAUUUUUUAAAAUUAAAUCAAAUUGAAAAUUUAAUCGUAAAUGGACCAAAAUCAACCGGGAAAACAUCGAUAACCAGAACAUUAUUGAAUGAAUUUGAUUAUACAUAUCUAUGGUUUGAUAUGAUCAAUUGGGAUAAUUCGAAUCGGUUUUUUUUCGAAAAAAUUCUUCAACAAUUCAAAAAUCAUAUUGUUAAAUUGAAAAAUUCCGACAAUGAUGAAGAUGAUGAUGAAGAAGAAGAAUUGUCACCAACAAAAAAGAGAAAAUGUUUGAAUCCAGUUCAAUUUAUUGAUUCGAUGAUUGAUUUAUUGAAAACUUAUCGACAAUUACAAGAAACCUUGAAUAAUCAACAACAAAAAAUAAUUUUAGUUAUUGAUAAUUCUGAUAUUAUCGUUGAUGAAAAUAAUGAAAAUCUUAUAUAUUUAUUACAAAAUAUUAAUCAAUUAACUGAUAAUAUUUAUCCAAUUCAAAUAAUUUGGAUUAUAAAAUAUCGUUUAGAACGUUUAUAUCGAUUAAUUGAUUUUAAAAUGAAUUUAUUGGAAAUUCAUUUUGAAUCAUAUAAUCAACAAGAACUUUUUCAAUUAUUAACACAACAACAAUCAUCAUUAUUACCCCGAAAUGAUCCACAUAAAUUAUAUCGAAAUUUUGUUCAUCUUAUCCUCAAAACUUUGAUACCAUUUGAAGAUAAUUUUCUUAAUUUGAAUUUUAUUUGUCAUAAAUAUUUUGAUAAAUAUUCAUUACCAUUAAUGAAUAAUAACGAAGAAGAUGAUGAUGAUAAUGAUGAAAAUAUCGUCGUACAACAACAUAAUAAAGUUGGACAAUUAUUUAUAAAAUUUCAACCAUAUCUUCAAGAAAUUAUUUCACAAUUAAAUGGUCAAAUUAUUGAUGGUUGGAAUGAAAAUAUUCGACAAUCAAUUCGUUCAAUGUCAUUAUCAUUAUGUUAUACAUAUGUUGCUGUUUAUCUGGCCACUUAUAAUUCAACCAAAAUGGAUAUCCGAUUUUUUGUUCGUAAUCAACGUAGCACUUAUAAUAAACGUUCAAGAAAAUCAUUCAAAAUUAAAGAAAAUGAAUUGAAAUGUCCAAAAUGGUUUGAAUUAGAACGUUCAUAUCAUAUUUAUCGUUCAUUGAUUGAUUUGAAUGAAAAAGAUUCCAGUGUUCGUUCGAAUUUAUUGAUACAACAAGACUGUGAAUUUCUAAAACAAAUAGCAAAUCUUUAUGAUUCGAAAAUAUUGUUAGGAAAAUCUUCAACAUCUCAAUGGUCUUGUUCAGGUGAUUCAAAAUUUCAAUUAUCACAAGUGAUUACCGAUGAUAUUAUUAUGGAUAUUUCAUCAAAAAUUGAUCUUGAUAUUAAUGCAUUUUUGGUUCAUCGAAUUGAACGUAGUUGUUUUUAAAUGAUUAAUUUUCUUUCUUCU